AUGCUCCAACCACCUGCUUGCCCCACCUCCCACCGCCAGCCCUCGGCCCCCGCCCACACCCGGCCCGCCCACGCUCGGCCACGCCCACGCUCCCACGCCUGGCCACGCCCACUCCUGGCCACGCCCACGCUCCCGCGCCAGGCCACGCCCACGCCCGGCCACUCCCACGCCCAGCCACGCUCACAUACCGGCCACUACUACACUCCCACCAUUCCCGCGCCCGGCCACGCCCACCACGCUCCUACGCCAGGCCACGCCCACGCUUGGCCACGCCCACGCUCCCACGCCAGGCCCCGCCCACACCCGGCCACUCCCACGCUUCGCCACGCCCACACACCCGCCUUUCCCACGCCAGGCCACGCCCACACUCGGCCACGCCCACACCCCGCCGUGGGCCUCUGGGUCUUGCGGGGCAGACUCUCCACCUCUUCCAGCUGGAGAAAAUGUCGACUGGGCGCGUCCUCCUAG